AUACGUCCGAGACAAUGUCAAGUUAAUAGUUUUUGAAUACAAGUUACCAUGAAGACUUUGGGCCCACUAUUCUUCAUCCAUGCUGUCUCCCUAGCAACAGCUGGCAUAAUACCUUCGUCUAAUAUCAUCGAAGGCCCUAGCUCCAAAACAACACUAGUAGGCCCGGACGGUAGUGUUAUCACAUCAGUACAACAAGGUGCGAAAAUAGUGACUGAUGGACAUUCAGCUUUGGUAGCUGCUCCUGAUACAGAAGCAAUUUUAAAAGAAGCUGACCAUACCCCUGUUGUUCAACCUCUACUUACUCCAGUAGCUGAAGUUAAACAAUUUGUGCCUCAUGGUAUACCAGUACAAGUAAUUGGAGACUAUGUACCCACCCACACAGCAUAUUUAAAAUCAGAACCUUUACUUAGCCACCACGUUGGUACCAAAACUACAAUAUCAGAGCAUUCACAAUCAGUUGCUCAUCCAGUACCAUUAGUAAAAUCGCACUUAGCAGUUGAUGUUAGUCCAGUGAUUGAAGCCAAAGCCCACUUGGAGCCAAUAAUUGAAACUCAUGCUGUACCAGCUAUCGCAACUAAAACUACUAUAUAUGACUACUCACAAACAAAUUCCCACCCCACAGUUGUUAAAUCUAUAGAGCCUGUUCAUUUAUCAGAGCAAGCUCAUUAUGUUGCUCCAGCUAUUGCUGUGGAAGCUCGUCACGUAGCUCCAGCUGUAAGAAUAGAAGCCCAUCACGUAGCUCCAGUAGAAACGUAUCAUGUAGCUCAUGCUUUAGCAUCAGAAACUAAUCAUGCAACUCAAGUCGCAUUAGAAGCUCAUCAUCCAGCAUUAUCUGUAGAAACGUAUCAUGUAGCUCCAGCUUUUGCUGCACCUUUAGUUGAAUCUCAUCAUGUAGCUCCAGUUAUAACUAAACAAGUUCCUUCAGCAGUACCAGUUAUCGGCACAAAGACGACAAUUUCUGAACAAUCUCAAUCCAUAGUGCAUCCAGUAGAGGCUAAAGCCGUUAUUUCUGAAGCUGUACCAGUAGUUACAGCAAAUUUAGUCAAAGAACAGACUAUUCCAAUAGUUGCCCAUCAUGCCAUACCAGUUAUUGGUACGGAAACUAGAAUUUCUGAAAAUGCUCAAACUGUUGUAUCUCAUUCAUGGUAAAUUUGUUUCGGUUGGAACACGAAUUAAAUUUAAAUUUGUAAUGUUUUAUUAUUUUAAUUUAUUGAUAUGUAAAAUUUAAUGAGUUCUUUAUAAAAAAUUGCCUGUUUCUUUUCUGUGAUUUAGGAAUAUUAUUUU